AUGAGCGAGGAGCUUUUUGAUAUAAAGCCGCUUGUUGAGAUAAAAGAGGCUUACAGAAAGGAAAAGAAGUUCAUCCGCCACCACUCCGACAGGUACAAAAGGGUAAAACCAUCCUGGAGAAAGCCUCAUGGGAUUGAUAGUAAGGUUAGGAAGAGAUGCAAAGGACAGAGAGAGAUGCCAUCCAUCAAAUACAAAAAGCCAAAGGAGAUUAGGCAUCUUUUACCAAACGGGCUCCGAAAGGUCAGGAUAUUCAACAUCAAUGAUCUUACACCAUUGGCAUCCCUGAACAGAUUUUAUUGUGGAGAGAUUGCGCAUGCAGUGGGUGCUAGGAAGAGAAUAGCCAUUGUCAACCGAGCCAAGGAGCUUGGAAUUUGCUUGCUGAACGGAAAUGCACGCCUUGUUCAAGAAAUCGAGGAAUAA